AUGUGUUAUGAGUUGUUACAGGAGUUCUUGUCUUCUCAGCUCCUUGUAGAGAAACUGACUCCAUUUGCCCAGAACACUUUUGCUUUGCCCGGUCACCAGCCGGUCUCCUCACAGAGAGACAUAUCCUCGCAAAAAGCAGCUGUGCCUAAAAAUCACGGCUCUCCCUCUGGCCGAGCGGCCAGGCCUCCUCAGGACACUUAUCUCCCAACCAACCUCCCAAGCCAGCAGUCUCCUGUGCGUGCUGAGGAGCCCUCCCCCAGGCAGACUGUGGGCAUCAAAAGACCCAGCAAGGCCCCAGGGCCCAAGGGAGGCCUGAAGGUGGAGAGUGACCCUGCUCCUUUGGAGGUCAGAGACCAGUCUUCCCGAGACAAGCCAAAAGUCAAAAGGAAAGUGAAGCCAAAAUCCAGCGACAGAGGCGACGCGAAGGCGGCACUGCAAGAGCCCCCUGAGAACAGAAAGCACAAGAGCUCCCACCAGAGCCAUGCCAAACCCUUGUUGGACCCCAAGCUCAGGAGAGAGGUUUUGCUUGGCGGUGCCCAGGAGCAUCUCGCUCUCAGUCCCCUUCCUCAAAGCCAGGGCACAACCCCCACCAGGACUAGCAGCCACAGGCCUGCUGUUGUGGCCAGAGAGGACUUUCACAAGGAGAAACUUCCCUUGCCUAUGAGGGAGAAGACGUUGCUCUCGCCAGUGACGGACCCCCCUGUGCCUCAGUCCCUCAUGGUGAAAAUAGACCUCCCUCUCCUGUCCAGAGUCCCGCAGCCCCCUGGAAAAGGCAGCCAUCAGAAGAGAGCAGAGGCCAAGGAGCUCCCUGGUGCAAGGAAGCAGGAUCUGGAGAGGAAAACCACAGACGCUCCUGACAAGUCCCUUCGGAAGAGGAAGUCUCUUUUCUUCAACACCGUGAGCUUCUGAGCUGCUAUAUCCUGGCCCGAGGAUGCCAUCUGCGGAUUCACUGGGAGACUGGUUACUUGCAUUCCUUCUGCUACACUAAAAAUCAAUCGUAUAAAACAGGGUAAAAAGAGUAACUCAGCAAAUGCACAUAAUAGGAAGAAGACCACCUUUUCUACCAAGCCACUCUUAAAAGGCUAUCCCACCAGCUGGUGUCUAUCACAGGCUUCCAUUUUUGCACUGGGACGUGUAAUUUUCUGAUGUUUGUUGCUGUAUUUCUUACAGCUUGUCCGUUAUCAUCAAUUUUAAGACAACACUCUGAGGUAUUAAAUUUGCCACAUACUCCACCUUCUUCUGCUAGCAGGUAGCCUAAUGCUAAUCUAUUUUGGUAUAUUGCCGAUGUCAUUUGUGUUUGUUGAAUUGUUAAUAAUUCUGAGACUGAGGCUGUCUGAUUCGUAAUCAAUAACCGCUUGUAAUUGGGUUGAUAAUUAGGUUACAAGUACCACUUGUAACCUAAUUAUCCUAUUUAACAUAUAAACAAGUGUUCGAUAUCCCCAGCAACAAUCUUGUGUCCAUGUCGCCAGUCUGCAAGUUUCUAUCAUAUGCUGAGGGGGCCAUUCAUUCUUCCCCCAUUUUUGAGUUCCUCAUAUCUGAAUAGACAACUGUUUCCUUCUUAUUAGCUCAUCAUCUAAUUGAGCUCCCAGCCCAGCUGCCCGCGUUUGAGACAAGAAGAAAAAACUUAGCUGUUUUGCUCUGCACUUCAGCUUUCAAAACCUGAGGGGUUUUUUUCCCCCCCUUUCUUCCUGUUCCAGAGGGAGAUGGAGAAGGAGAUUGAUAGGAAGAAAAUUAAAUCAGAAAAAGAAACAAGAUCUUUGCAGUCUUCAGCUAACAAAGACUAGCUGUUGGCUUAGCCGUUGUGCUCCUUAAUUUCUCCAUGCUUGGGAAAAGUGUGAAUGGUACUGAGCCUCACUAGCAGUCAGGUAAGAAGCCAAGUUUGCGUUUCCAUUAUUGGAGGGGGUGCUGGGGAAGAAGGUAGGACGAGCUGGAGAACCUGGAGUAUGAUCUGUGCCUGGGACAAAUAAAGGUUUUGUCUUGAAAUGUAGGAGAGCCAGGCUUUGGAAUUGGUUUAGACGUGUCUCUCUAACCAGCUUUGUCUCUGCUCUGUGGUUUUUCAGGGAUGUGUAGGGGAUGUCACAAAUCCUUUCCCAGUGCCUUCUGUGCCAAAUGGUACCUCCAAGUCGAGCAGACCUCAACUCAACUUUGAAAAUUACGUAGGAUUUUGAUGACCAAAGCUGCUCAGACCCACCUGCUCCAUUUUGUUUAAAACCUUCUGUCCUGCCUUGGAAGAGCAGAUUGGAAAAGCA